UUUUCUCCCCAUUGAUCGGUCGCUCGCAGUCAUUCCCCCGCCCCCGCCCCCGCCCCCCUUUUAACCCUUGCUUUGUACCCAAACGCAAACCCCAAAGAAACCCAAAAGUAAAAAACUUCAAGAUCCAACUCUGACCCACAGCUUCUAAUCGGGAAAAGGGGGGAUUCUUCAUUGGUUCUUUAAAAUGGUGGAUUUGUCAUGGUUGAGUGCCAUCCUAGUUGGGGCUGGCUGCCUUGCCUUGGGGUAUUGCGUUGGUAAGUGCCAUCCUACUUAUUUAUUUCUCUCAUCAAGAGGAAGUAAGGAUACUACAAUCUCUAAAGCAAAUAAGAAGAUCAAAGAACCAUUGGAAAUCGAAAAGUUGGCUGACAUUCUAGAGGAUUUUAAAAUGGUCCUGGUUGUAAGAAAUGAUCUUAAGAUGGGUAAAGGGAAAAUUGCUGCCCAGUGCAGUCAUGCAACUUUGGGUCUUUACAAAAAACUCCUACACCGAGCACCAAAAGCUUUGAACAGGUGGGAGAUGUGUGCUCAGCCAAAGGUGGUUGUGAAAAUUGAUAGUGAGGAAGAUAUGCUAGUUUUGCAAGAGAGGGCAAAAUCACUAAAUAUACCGACGCAUAUCACCAUUGAUGCAGGGAGAACACAGAUUGCACCAAAUUCGAGGACAGUGAUGGCUAUUCUUGGACCUAUUGAAAUGGUGGAUGAUGUAACCGGUGGACUGAAGCUAUUGUAACGGUUUCGCCCGAAAGGUCUCGGAUGGAAGAACUUUGAGGAGCAUCUAAUUUACAUGGUUAUGAUUAUUUUGUUUAAAGAUGUUUCUUAAGUGAAAGAUCCAUUGUAUACUUGAUUCUUAGAAACUUUGGUUUCAGUUUUGUGAUGAUGGCGAAGAGUUGGUGUUAUGGAGACAAUUGGGGAAUUGUUUCAUAACGUUUUAGAUGUUUAGCUUUGGGGUUUUUAUUACUCUAAUAUUGAAUUUGCAUUGCUUC